CUACGUAUUCUAAUCAAAAACCUAUCUUCGCCAUAUGGAGAGUUUGUUGCUUGAUUAAAGCUUCAAUAAUUGGAUUUUCAUUGUAAUAUACCAACCAAACGAUUAAAGACGAGUAAGCACGCAGUCUGGUAAAUGUUUUAGAGCCAAAAGUAAGCUAUUUUCACUAAAAUUAGCGAAAAACAUAAUUUUGAUCGAUUUUUCCUCCAUCUGGAAAGCAUCGAUUGGCAUGUUUGAAAAUAACUUCUGAUCGCUUAAGCUUAGUCUUUUGGAACACAUCAUUUUGGUUUCAAUAUUUCUCACUUAUUUUAACACACUUCACAACUUUUUUUGACGCUAACCUUUAAACAAUCAUUUCCACAUUGACACUAAAAUAUAUUUUUUCAUGAAAAUGUUAGUUUUUAGUAAGAAAAUUCACUUUAAAAAUUAUUCAAAAUCACCAGCUGCAAUUGUAUUUUCAUCAAGCUUCGGCACUCCUUCAAGCUGGCACAAACACUUACACAUUUGCAGUGUUGCCAAACAAUAACACAUUAUUUUCCUAGUUUUUCUAUGACGCCUCAAUCUUUUCCCUCUAUGCAACCCAAGUUUGCCAUGAAACUGGCAACUCAUGCGUCAUUUUCAACUUGAAAACUGAUUAGACCCUUUAUAAAGUUCGGUUGACAGUUCAUCACUGUCAAAAUUGUGAAAAUCGUCGUGGCGUUUUUUUGCAAAAAAUGAUUUCUGGUGAGUUAAAAAAGGUAAUUUUGAAGCAAAUAUUCAAAUUUUACAAAUCUUUUGUUUCAGAACCCGGAGAAACCCCUCUGGAUUUGUCCAUUCCGGGCAACAAGGACAACAAUCCUCGUCGGCGUUGUUUAUUCCAAGCAACACGACCACUUGACCUCCGAAAUUACAAAACAGUGACUGCCAGCUCACAUGACGACAUCGCGAUGUUCCUCGAGAACAACCCGCCCGGAGGCGGCCCCGGAACCUACGCCACCAGGAGAACGAUCAACAUGAGUGCGUUCGCUGCACCGGAGGAGAACGCGAUGUUCCUCGAAAACAAUCCGCCCGGAGGCGGCCCCGAAACCUACGCCACCAACAGAACGAUCAACGUUAGUGCAUUCGUUGCACCGGAGGGGAACGCGACGUUCCUCGAGAACAACCCGCCCGGAGGCGGCCCCGGAACCUACGCCACCAGGAGAACGAUCAACAUGAGUGCAUUCGCUGCACCAGAGGAGAACGCGAUGUCGCUUGAGAACAGCCCGCCCGGAGGCGGCCCCGGAACCUACGCCACCAACAGAACGAUCAACGUUAGUGCAUUCGUUGCACCGGAGGGGAACGAGACGUUCCUCGAGAACAACCCGCCCGGAGGCGGCCCCGGAUCCUACGCCACCAGGAGAACGAUCAACAUGAGUGCGUUCGCUGCACCGGAGGAGAACGCGAUGUUCCUCGAAAACAAUCCGCCCGGAGGCGGCCCCGAAACCUACGCCACCAACAGAACGAUCAACGUUAGUGCAUUCGUUGCACCGGAGGGGAACGCGACGUUCUUCGAGACCAACCCGCCCGGAGGCGGCCCCGGAACCUACGCCACCAGGAGAACGAUCAACAUGAGUGCGUUCGCUGCACCGGAGGAGAACGCGAUGUUCCUCGAGAACAACCCGCCCGGAGGCGGCCCCGGAACCUACGCCACCAACAGUACGAUCAACGUUAGUGCAUUCGUUGCACCGGAUGAGAACGCGAUAUCGCUCGAGAACAAUCCGACCGGAGGCGGUCCAGGAAAGACUAAAGGCGAGCAUCGAUAUUCGGAGGAAGACGUUCAAACCGCCCUUGAACAAAUUCGAAUCGGAUUGAUUUCGAUUUAUCAAGCGAGUAUCGACUUCAACAUUCCGCGCGGGACGUUGCAGUACCGCCUGAGCGAUAAGUUUAAAAAUAAACUCACCACUGGCCCACCCACUGUGCUUACUGCAUCUGAAGAGGUCAAGCUCGUAGAAUGGUUAUUUGACAUGCAAAGAAAGGGAUUUCCCCUAACAUCACCUGGCCUGCAGGCCAAAGUUGCAGAUUUCAUUAAAGCGUCGCCUCGGCCAAACACGUUUAAAGAUGGAUCUCCAGGACAAAGCUGGCUGAACGGUUUCAUGAGGCGUCACCCGAGCAUCGCAAUCCGUACACCGGAGGGGGUCUCGGCAGCAAGUGCGCGUGUUUCAGAAAACGACCUAAGAGGAUGGUACAGAUCAGUGUUGGCAUAUGGUGGAUUGCAUCCGGAGAUCUUGGAGGCCUUGAAGGACCCGACGCGCAAAAUCAACGGUGAUGAAAUAGGGUUCUAUAUGUACAAGCUUGCCAAGAAAGUUCUUGCUAAGAAAGGCAGCAGAGACGUUAUGCUGGUGGAAACCGGAGAUCCAAAAAAAAAUAUCACCGUCCUGUUUUGCUUCAGUGCGGAUGGGUUUUGCUUUCCACCCGAUAUCAUCCUGCCGUACAACCGACUCCCGACCGACGUAAUCCAAAGCGUUCCAGGGCCAUGGGGCAUUGGCAAGUCUGACAACGGGUGGAUGGACACACCAAACUUUGUUCUCUACAUUCGUAAAAUUCUGUAUCCAACGCUGGUACGCCGUGGCGUUAAGUUCCCGGUUGUUUUUUUCGUUGAUGGCCACAAAUCCCAUACGGCAUUUGCAGCAGCAGAUGCGUGCGCGAAAUUGGGUAUAGUACUAAUUGCUAUUUACCCAAAUUCGACUAGAAUUAUACAGCCUGCCGACGUUGGAAUUUUUGGCCCCCUGAAACAAUCGUGGCGCAAAAUUGUUCAGCAACGACCACCGAACGACCCACUAACAACCCGGAACUUCGCACCAAGCCUCCAAACUGCCAUGAACGAAGCCUUGAAAGAAGAAACAAUCAAGAAGUCUUUUGUAAUUACUGGAAUUCAUCCGUUCGAUGAGAACGCUCCAAAUUAUUCGAAGUGUUUGGCAAAAUCUGCUAGUGGUAAAGGCCAACAAGCAAACGGUUCAUCGUGCGUUCCAAGCGCCGCCGAACAUCCGUCGGCGAGCAGCCCGAACGACAGCAGCGUGGCAAGCACCAGCUUCGCGCCAUCCCCGGUUCAAAGCUUUCCGAGAGUCCACAAACAUCCGUCGGCGAGCAGCCUGAACGACAGCAGCGUGGCAAGCACCAGCUUCGCGCCAUCCCCGGUCCAAAGCUUUCCGAGAGUCCACAAACGUCCGUCGGCGAGCAACCCGAACGACAGCAGCAUGGCAAGCUACAGCUUUGCGCUAUCAGACCAAGGCUUUCCAAGCGCCGCCGAACAUCCGUCGGCGAGCAGCCCGAACGACAGCAGCGUGGCAAGCACCAGCUUCGCGCCAUCCCCGGUCCAAAGCUUUCCGAGAGUCCACAAACGUCCGUCGGCGAGCAACCCGAACGACAGCAGCAUGGCAAGCUACAGCUUUGCGCUAUCAGACCAAGGCUUUCCAAGCGCCGCCGAACAUCCGUCGGCGAGCAGCCCGAACGACAGCAGCGUGGCAAGCACCAGCUUCGCGCCAUCCCCGGUCCAAAGCUUUCCGAGAGUCCACAAACGUCCGUCGGCGAGCAACUCGAACGACAGCAGCAUGGCAUGCUCCAGCUUUGCGCUAUCAGACCAAGGCUUUCCAAGCGCCGACGAACAUCCGUCGGCGAGCAGCCCGAACGACAGCGGAUCGUCCACUGGCCAACUUCGCGAAAUUCUGGGAGAUGAUACUCAGAUUGAGAUUGAUCUUUUCGAACUUAGUGAUGGUCUCCCUUGUGAUUCAGCUUUACCUCUUCAGGAAGUUACCAACAAACGCCGUGUCAGUAUUACUGAUUUCUUACAAACUCCUCCCACGCCGAAGCGUAAGUCUAAGCACAUUAACUACAAGAUCAAGACCAACCCUAUUUUAACAGCUUCAGAAAGGCUUGAAGAGCUACGGCAGGCUGAAGAAGAAAAAGCUAACAAAAUACGACAGCAACAAGAAAAUGCCAGAAAAAGGGAGGAAGUAAGACUAGGCAAGUUAGCAGAGAAAGAGAGGCGCGAGGAAGCAAGAGUGGUUAGGCAGGCAGAGAUUCAGCAGCGUGAGGUGGAAAGAAAGCGAAAGCGCGAAGAGAAAGCUGAAUGGAAGAAACUACAAGAAACCGUGAAGCUAAGAAAAAUUGAAGAGAAGAGAGAAAGGAAAGAAGCUAAAAAGAAAGCUGCACAAGCACCUGAUGACAUUUUUGUCCGAUUGCGAUAAUUUAGACUAAUUUGCAUCAAAGCUACCCGGAUAACUAAAUGAUUACACAUCUUGCGAACAAGAUUUUUUGUUUUUGUAUCUCAUAAAUUUAAGGAUUGAAUUAAAAAACAACACUUGAUUUGAAAGACAACAGACUAUUUGCUGAUAAUAAACUUUCGCUGAAUAUAGGUAGUAAAAACCUUUUUUUUUAUUUUCUGAGACUCGUUUGCGUUGAAAACACACCAUCUUUAUCGCCUAAACAGCCGUUCUACGCAUAAUUGUCCCAUGUUCGAAAAAGUGCAACUGAGAAAAACGCGAUUAGGACCCUAUUCACCCAUUGACGUCCCUAAUCAUCCCAGUUAGCAGUUUAUCACUCUUAUUAGUUAUCCUCUUUGAAUACAACAGGCAAACAAGACACAAAAAAAUACUUGGUGGGACAAUUAUGCGUUGAAGUACACCGAUUGGACAGACUUGAUGUUGAUUUUAAUGGGUUUGCGAAUAAAGUACAACAUUUCAUGUGUUUUUCUUAAAGUAUAGGGGAAAUUCUCGGAUGUUUGGUUGGUUAAACACUCACUUCUUAUUCCAUCUAAUUGGCUAAUUUUCACUUAGCUUGCUCAUUUAUUAUCGAACUAUUUCUCACUCGAUUUCAGUUGAAACCCCUUUUUUAUGAGCUGUAAUUGAAUGUCAAAGUGCUGAUAUGGUAACAUUAGAGGCACGCUGGAAUUAGAUGCUGUUCCCCUACGUUAUACUAAACUUAAAAAUGUCAAAAUCGUAAAAAAAAAUUAAUGGGACAAUUAUGGCAGAAACUUUCAGGCACAUAUGAAAUAAUUAAAUUUUGUGCGGGAUAUCCAAUGUUUUCUUGAACAUGGGUAUUAAGGUGUUAUUUUUAAACAAGUGGUUUGAAAAUUUUUCAUUAUUUUAAAUGCUGCGGCUGUGUCCGACUUUAGCUCUUCAAAAAGAUCGGCAUCCUUCGACUCCCAUAAAUAUGGACCUUUUCUAUUGAUUUCCAUGCUCUUUUAGUAAUAUGUAUUAAAUUGCAAUAAAAUCUAGUAAGUUUUGUCCCUAUUUACCCCAGUUUGCAGUUCUGCUAAAUUACGCUGCUUGAUUUUGAAAAAAAUAUAGCGUUUAUUAUUUCCAAAAUAACGGUCAUUUUGAAAACCAAUUUAAAAACUGUCUCAGCAUUCACAGGCCCUUUGCAAAUCGAAAUUAUGGCUUUCAUGCAGAUUUUCUCUGUAGUGGUGCUUAAAAAGGCGUUGAUUAGAAUAGGUAUCUGGGAGUGAUUAUAAUAGGUUGAUUAGGCUGAAUAUACAAAUUUGAUGGCGUGAAUUAAAAAUGAUUUAAAAAAUAUAUUAAAUAACUGAAGUUCAUAUUAUUUUAUAUUAAAAUGUUCAGGAAGAGUUGCUCUUUCUAAUGAACAUAGAAACUUGAUGAUUUAAUUGAAAAUUGCUGAGAAAUUCUUACAGAAACCAAGAGUCGCCGCUUAAUAGGCUGAAAAUAGGUAGAUUUCC